UAUUUGCUAUUAAACGAUAAAGGUUAUCUAAGAGCGAUUGUUUCAAAAUAUCAGCCAUUGUAGUUGAUGUGUCUAAAAGUUUGCAAUCUUUACUGUGUAGUCUGAAAAGUGAACAAUGGUUGAAGUAUUUAACGAAGCUGCACUACGUUUUUGGAUCCAGCAGUCAAUUGGUUCUAAAAAGUUCACUUUCAUCGUAGAAAGCACGACGCAAAAAGGAGAAGGUUAUGUAGGAGAAGUAUUAUUUAUUAAGGUAGAUCUACAAAAACCAAUUAAUGGAAAAGACGUUCUUCAUCUGGUCAUAAAAACGAACAAGAAUCCUGGAUCAGAAAAGAAAUUUCCUAUAGUACAAGAAUUUUGUAAGAGAGAAGUCAUUUUUUACAGUAAAAUUCUUAAAGCAUUCCAGGAAUUUCAAAACGAUAAAAACGUUAACGCUCCUUUCGACAUGGUACCGAAGUGUUACAAAACAUUCUUAGACGACGACAAUCAAGUAAUUGUUUUAGAAAACUUAAAGAAAGAAAACUACGCAUUGCAUCCAAGAGAACAACCAUUAAAUAUUGCACAUCUGGAAAUGGGAUUAAGAUCCUACGCAAAGCUACAUGCCUUGUCAUUCGCAUUGAAGGAUCAAAGGAAAGAUCUGUUUGAAAAAAUUUCAAAGAAUUGCUUUUCGUUAUUUAAAGAUAUGAUACAAAACUUUCAAACACUAUAUGACACAAAAACUCCUACAUUAGUGGAAAAGUUAAAAGAAGCUGGAAGACCUGAUUUAUCUAUUGUGUACGAAAAGUUUAUAAAUGAGAAAAGUAUUUUUGAAAGAUUUAUGGAAAUAUCUGAUGUAAUUUCCAAAGAUCAAGUAAUAAUUCAUGCUGAUUGCCACAAUGCAAAUAUGUUGUUUCAAUAUAAGGAUAACGAUACAACUACUCCACUUCACAUGGUCCUGCUAGAUUUCCAAGCAACUGGUCUUCAUUCACCGAUAAUUGAUCUAUCCUAUUUUCUUUACAUCAACUUAUCAUCGUCUGAUUUUCCAAAACUCAAAGAUUUUGUGGAAUAUUACUACAGUGAAUUUUGUUUAUUUCUCAAACGAUUAGGUAGUGAUGCUGACAAAUUAUUUCCACGAAGUACCUUCGAAGAACAUUUAAAAACAUAUCUUCCUUACGGAUUUCUUUUGACAGUAACAUUCUUGGAGCUGUUAUAUCUUGAAACCGACGAAGUUCCAGAUCUGAUUGAUGAAGAAAGUAACGAGUUCUUUGGGAGUUUUAUUAAAGAAGUUAAAAUUAAAUCCAGAGACCAGUAUUUGCACCGUUUGGUGGCCUUAAUGGAUAGCUUUUUUGGUGAUCCGUAUGUGUAGAGUAAUCAAAUUGUAUCCUGAAUAUCUUUAGUAAUAGUUAUAGAUGUUUGUAAUGAAUAUUUUAAAUAAAUUGGUUGUUUAUUAGAUAAAA